AUGGCGCUGCUGCUGCUGCCGCCGCCGCUGCUGUCGGGGUCAGCACUGGAACAGCUCCUGCUCUUUCAUUUUCAUAAACACUUGCUGCCUCCGCCGCCGCCGCCGCCGCUGCCUCCGCCGCUGCUGCUGCUGUGACUUCUCCCUCCCGCAGCUCCCUCCUCUGCCUCUUUGGGGGCGGUUUCUUUCUUUAUUACCAACUCCCCCCUCCUUCUUCUCCUCCUCCCGGAAACGGGCGGCCACAAUGAUUUAUUAUUAAUUAUUAUUGUUGUUCUUAUGAUUAUGAUGACUUUGAGCCCCAAAGGCUCUCCCCCUCCCCUCUGUAGGAGGUGCCGCACAAAGGGCACAGUGUGAAGAGCCGCAGCUGGGGGUGGGUGCUAGCCGCAUCCCAAACUUGCAACGUGUGUGCGUGUGCGCGCGUGUAUGCGCGCGCGCGUGUUUGUAUUCAGGGAUCGCUCCGUGUGUGAGUGUGUGGGUGUGCUUGCGCGCGUGUGCAUGCCUCCUGGUUUUUUUUUUUUUUUCACCCCCUUAUUGGAAGCAAGGAGAAAUCUCUGUCUCUCUACUUAGAUAUAUUUUUUCGGAUUGCACCAGUCCAGGGGCUGCCCUGCUGCUGCAGAAGCAAAGGCACUUUUCCCAUAGUGGAAGAGAGAGAGAGAGGGAAAAAAAAGACAGAGGGAGAGCGGGAGAGAGACGGCACCCUCAGGCCUCUUUUCUUUGGGGAUCUUGGCGGGGGUAAUUCUCUAAAAAUACCUGCGAGCAGGAGAUGCAUUAGAAUAAAAUGGAGGAGGGGUUGCAGCAGUGAUUCGCGGUGUUAUUUUCAUUUGGCUCCAAUGCAACUCCUGGGGCAGUGAUCAUCCAGGGCUCUAUUCUCCCUCCCUUCCCCUCCCCCCAGCUUCUUUUUCCCUCCUCUUUUAUUAUUUUUUUCACUUUUGCUUUUUGCUUUUUGUUUUUUUAAACCGACAUUUCUCUCCUAUGCUUUGCCAUGAGAAUGUCCGCCAAGCUCCUUGCCCUAGUCAUGUGGUCUUCGUUUUUCAACCCCAGUUUUGCAUUCAGCUCCCACUUCGAUCCUGACGGAGCCCCACUUAGUGAGCUGUCCUGGUCCUCGUCUCUUGCUGUGGUCGCUGUUUCUUUCUCUGGACUCUUUACCUUCAUCUUCCUCAUGCUGGCUUGCCUGUGCUGUAAGAAGGGAAACAUCGGGUUCAAGGAGCCCCCAGGGAACCCUGGAUCAGGAUCCACGGCUCACGGGAGGUCUCCGUCUCCGCUUCCCCCCCACCAGGAGUUUGAGAAUGCCGAGGGUGACGACUACACCACCGAGUUCUCCGUGCAGGGGUCUCCGGCCACGCAGAAUGGCCCCGAGGUGUACAUACUGCCCCUCACUGAGGUCUCACUCCCCAUGGCCAAGCAGCCUGGGAGAUCAGUUCAACUGCUCAAGUCUACAGAUCUGGGACGCUACAGCCUUCUGUACCUGAAGGAGAUUGGCCAUGGCUGGUUUGGGAAGGUUUUCCUGGGCGAGGUUAAUUCGGGCAUCAGCAGCACCCAGGUGGUGGUGAAGGAGCUGAAAGUGAGCGCCAGUGUUCAGGACCAGAUGCAGUUCCUGGAAGAGGCCCAGCCGUACCGGGCUCUGCAGCACAGUAACCUGCUCCAGUGUCUGGCCCAGUGUGCAGAGGUGACGCCCUACCUGCUGGUGAUGGAAUUCUGUCCACUGGGAGACCUCAAGGGCUAUCUGCGCAGCUGCCGGGUGGCCGAAUCCAUGGUUCCGGAUCCCCUGACCCUGCAGCGGAUGGCUUGCGAGUUGGCCUGUGGAGUCCUACACCUACACAAGAACAACUAUGUGCACAGCGACCUAGCCUUGAGGAACUGCUUACUUACUGCCGACCUGACUGUGAAAAUUGGGGACUACGGCCUCUCUCACUGCAAGUACAAAGACGACUACUUCGUGACGGCCGACCAGCUGUGGGUGCCGCUGCGCUGGAUUGCCCCCGAGCUCAUUGAUGAGGUGCACAGCAACCUCCUCGUCGUGGACCAGACCAAGGCCAGCAAUGUCUGGUCGCUGGGCGUGACCAUCUGGGAGCUGUUUGAGUUGGGGGCCCAGCCCUAUCACCACUACUCUGACCGCCAGGUGCUUACCUACGCUAUCAAGGAGCAGCAGCUCAAGUUACCCAAGCCCCAGCUGAAGCUGUCGCUCUCAGACCGCUGGUAUGAGGUGAUGCAAUUCUGCUGGCUGCAGCCGGAGCAGCGGCCCACCGCAGAGGAGGUGCAUUUGCUGCUGUCCUACCUGUGUGCCAAGGGCACCACGGAGGCCGAGGAGGACUUUGAGAAGCGGUGGAAGUCCCUGAAGCCCAGCGGGACGGGCGGAGCCGGCCACCUGGGCAGUGUGGCUGAGCUGUCCUCCAGCUUCCCGCUCCUGGAGCAGUUCUCCGGGGACGGCUUCCAUUCAGAUGGCGAUGACAUCUUAACCGUGAUGGAGACCAGCCACGGGCUCAACUUUGAGUACAAGUGGGAGCCCAACCGGGCCGAGGCCUUCCAGACUCCCGCGGGCACCCUCAGUCCCCGCCACGCUGCCCACUACCAGGACCUCUACUACCCAGCCAGCUCCUCCACCAGCCACCUGAGCCUGGGGGUCUCCCCUUCCUGCUACGAGUGCCCUCCGCCUGGCGUGGUGCCCAUUCUCAGUGCCCACAGCCCUUCCGUGAGCAGCGAGUACUACAUCCGCAUUGAAGAACCGGCUGACUGUGACCUGGACUUCACCAUGUGCUCCUCCAGCCCCGAGGGCCAGCAGGCGUCCCCCGAGGUGGCCACUCCCUGGUGUGACAAAGAAGGGCCCGUGGGGGGGACUUACGACUCAGACAGCAGCCCCACUGUGUCCCUGACUAUGGAGCCCCUCCUGGGGCAAGGACCCAGUGGGGAGGGGCCCUGGGACCACCCUGACUACUACUCCCACAUGAGCUGUAGCAAAGACUCACUCUGCUAUCAGCCUUCCCCUGUGGGGGACUCGCGGACCGAAGACACUUUGUUGGGGGAUUGCAGGGAGGGCGCCAGCAAAGACUGGGGCUUUCCAGGCUUCGGCCAGGCUUUUUUUGAGGACCCAUUGGGGGUGUCCCCCUCGGGGAAUGCUGCACCCCAGGACUCACCAGGGGGGGCCCAGGAAGCAACGGUGGGAGAAUCGACGAAACAGGAGGCACAGGGCAGUCCUCCUGAAUCAGUCACGAUAGAGCUGGGUGAGCCUGAGAGUCUGCCUUGCGGCGGCUCCCACCAGGAGGGCGCCGAGGAGGCAAGCUUGGCUGCCCAGCAGAGACACUGGACCUCAAACGUAUCUGCCAAUAACAACAUCAAUAGUGGCUGCCCCCCUGAUUCCUGGGCUGCUCACUUUAUAGAUUCCUACUCGGAAUCAGGAGAGCGCCCGGGGACAGAAGCUGACCCGUGUGAGCCCCCUGCCCUGGACUGCGUGCCAGCCCCGCCCCUUCCGGAGGGACAGGCGUCGGAGGUAGCUUCCCCCGGGCAGGAGCCGGGGAGCCCGCCUAGCUUUGCCUCACACUGCCAGGUGGAGGAGGGCCCGGCUCCAGUCACUGCCUCUCCCUCCCCAAUGAGAGACAUGGACGCUGCAGACAGGAGGGCUGUAGACCCUGGGGCCGACCAGAAAGCCCCGGAGGAAGCCAUGGCCCCUUGCAGUUCCCCAGCCCGGUCUCCCUUGCCCUCCCCCCCACAAGGGAGAGCCCUGCUUCUCUCCCGGGCGGCGGGCAGUCUGGCCCCUGUUCCUAAGCCCGAUUCCCCCGUGCCCUGGGAUUGUAGCCAGAGUAACAGCAAUGAGCCAGACCAGACGCUGGACAGCAGUGGGAGCUUCCCUGAGCUGGAAGGGCCGGGUAGCGAGGACGAGGACACGACGGAGGCCACCUCCGGGGUCUUCACGGACUUUUCCAACGACUGCCUUAUUGAGAAGCCUGACACAACCCCCGCCUUCCGCUCCCUCCAGAAGCAGGUGGGAACGCCGGAUUCCCUGGAGUCGCUGGACAUCCCAUCCACGGCCAGUGACGGCGGGGAGAUCUACAGCCCGACAGUGUCCUACCCCGCCACUGGGCAGCCCCGGGCACUCGACAGUGGCUACGACACGGAGAACUACGAGUCCCCUGAGUUUGUGCUCAAAGAACCCCAUGAGCCCCGAGACCCAGAGGAGUUUGGGCCCCUGGGAAAGGAGGACGAGAGCCCCGCCUUGGAGAUGAGGCUUUCGUCCUCCAUCAGUGCUGAGCUGCACGGUCUGAAUGAGAAAAACCCCUACCGAGACUCGGCCUACUUCUCUGACUAUGACACAGAGACCGAGAGGCCCUCCCAGGGGAGGGAGGAGGAGGAGGACGACAGUGAGCCCGGAGACACAGAGUCCAGCCCGUUGGGCCCCCAGCCCCACAGUGGGGACACUCCAACCCCGGAGGAAGCGGGCGCUCAGCCUGCCCCUGCCCCUGCUGGGGAGCCCCCUCCAGGGUCCAUUGGAGGAGGAGACCAGGAGAGCCCCGAGGCCCUGGGAGAAGGGCUGGCCCCUGCUGCUGUCCCUGCUCCUGCCCCGCUCCCCACCCCUGCCCCUGUUCCAUCCAAAUUGUUCUUCCUGACUCCUGUCCUGCCAAGCUUGGAGGGCAGUGGGGCUGCGCAAAGCUGCUGCGAACCCCAGGAGGCCCCAGGCCUGUCCCCCACCUUGGCGGGCCAGGGCACUUGGGACCCGGUUCCUGGGGCAGAGGCACAAGAGUGGAAGGAAGCCACCGCCUGCGAAAGCCAGCCGGGGGAGAAGCCGGCCCCACGGCCGACGCCUCUGCGCCUGGACCUGUCGGACCUCCCGGCAGCCAAGGAGAGCCGGCCGGCCGAGGAGGAGGAGGAGGAAGACUCGGACGACAGCGACGAGUCCGACGAAGAGCUGUGCUGCUACAACAUCCAGGAGCAGAGCGAGGAGAGCGAGGAGGAACCAGCCGCCGUGCCCAUUGUGGUAGCCGAGAGCCACAGCGCCCGCAACCUCCGCAGCCUCCUCAAGAUGCCCAGCCUCAUGUCCCAGUCCUUCUGCGAGGACCUGGACCGCAAGAAAAAGGCCGUCUCCUUUUUCGAUGAUGUUACCGUCUACCUCUUCGACCAGGAAAGCCCCACUAGGGAGCUCGGGGAGCAGCACUUCCCUGAGACGAAGGAAGUGGCUUCCUCCUUCCUGCCGAGCAGCCCCACUUCUCUGAGCCCGUCGGACCAACUCAGUACAGCAGACAAUUUCUCCGACAGGACGGUCUCUGAAGAGAGUGAGCCUGGUGGCGGGUUCGAGUGGGAUGAUGAUUUCCCGCUAAUGCCAGCCAAGAAAUCUUUUGUGUCUUCACCGGGGCCUGGAGUGCCGGACUCCGUGCUGCCCAGCCUGGCCACCCCACCGAAGCAGGUGCUGCCCGUCCAGUUUUCCCGCUUCACUGUGUCUCCCAGCCCAGUCUCCCGAUUCUCCAUUACACACGUCUCUGACUCGGACAUCGAGUCUGUAGGAGGAAGCAGUGAAGACGGGGACAGAGAAUAACCUGGGCCUGGAAGGCACUUCAGAGCCUCCAGUGCCCGUCCCGGCCCUGUGGACCAGGGCGAGAAGAGAUGGCCCUCCCAGCCCCAAGACGAAGCCUCGGAGGAGAUGGGGAGGAGGGGGGGCGGGGGUUGUCAAGAACUCAGCUCUAUUUUUUUAGACAGAUUUUAUCAGAGGCAUUUGGUUUGCUGCUAGCUCACAGAGACAUCACCCCCACCCCCUGCCUUCUGCCCCUUUGUCCGGUACCGGUGCAGCCACGGGCGAUGGUCCAUGUGGACAUACAUGCUGAAGGCAUGCGGGUUUGUGUACAAAUAUACAUAUAUAAAUGAUAGCGUUAAAGGGUAGACUUGCAGAACCCUGCUCCCCUUCUUACCCCCCUGUCGAAGGGGCUAUGACCCCAGUAUUGCUUGCUCUUCUCUAUGGUCUGUGACCUCUCGGGGCUUCCCCCUUGCUGCUGCCCCAGUGCCUCGUGCUCCCCUGCUUCCUAGAGCUGUAGUGGGGGGCAGGAGCCUCUCCUGGGGCCUUCCUCCCUGCCCCUGCUCUCUCUCAGACCCUGCUGUACAUACAUUGGAUUUCUGAGUCCCCUCCCUAGUGUCAUUCAGUAACAGUCCCCCUUCGCUUCCCACUGGAACGCGUUUUCACCUUGUUUCCCUCUACAACUCACCUAGAUGGCUGGUUUCCUGAGCUGGCUCCAGGCCCGACCCUCCUUGUGCUCUUCCUCCUGCUCCUGCCAGGAGCUGAAGCUGCUCAGCUCAGAUGGCACAAGGAGAGGGACUCCCCCAUCCACCCCUUCCCUCUGCUCUCUCUCAAUAUUCCCUUGUUUUGCUUUUGUCCCUUAAACCCUUCCCGAGCAGAAGUCUGGGCAAUAUUUCCCAAGCAGCUGUUGCUGUCUGGCUAAAGCCGGGAAACUUGAUGGGUCUUUCCCUCCAGAAAACAAGGUUUCCCCGCCCUAGGGCCUUGGAGCUUUGAAGCCAUGGAAUGGGCGGGUGUCUCUAGCAGCACAGCCUCAUUCAUCAGUCAGACUAUGGAACUUUGGGGGUUUCUCGCCCCUUUACCACGGGCCCUAUUCUGGAGGUUGCUUGUGGGGAGCAAGGGCUGGGCGGGGGAGAGUUUGGGAAGACUUUUCUACAGAGUGCGCAGGUAGUGAAACGGAAGCGCUUUUUGGGCCAUAACGGCCUUGAUCUGCCAAGGAGAGGAAGGAGGGGACCCCCCACCGGGCUGUCCACUUUCAUGUUCAGUGUUGGGGUCCCUAUUCCCCCUGUCCAGGGGCCAAGGGGGAGGGAGCAGAUGGCAAAUGGGGCUCUGUGGGAAUAUUUUUGUAAUGGCUAAUGCAGAGAGAAUGGGACCGUGAUAAUUUUAAGUUAUUGUUGCCAAAGAGAUGUAAAGAGUUUAUUGUGGGGGUGGGGGUGGGAGGGAAAGGGACCUUAUUUUUGGUUUGUCCUUUUUUUUAAUAAUUUGUUUGAGGCUUAGAAUGCUGGUGCAAUGACUUUUUUUUUUCUUUAUUUAAAAAGAAUUUAAGCUAAGAAAAAAAAGCCUUUAAGCCAAGAGAGUGUGUUCUCCUUUGGGGCCAAUAGACCACCCCCUGUACCAGAGACACAGCCUUGGGAGAUGAAAGUAGGGAGCAGAGCAGGUGGAUGACAAAUGUGUGUAUGUAUGUGCUCAUAUUAUGCAAGAGCAUUGUGGGGAAGUGUGGGAAUGGGGGAGUGUGUGCGUCUGUGGGUGGCCCACAUGCCCCAGCCUGUGUGCGUGUGAGCAAGUAAACAGGUGUGCUCUGUGUGUGUGUGUCUGGGCAAUGGCAGCCGGACCUACCAAGGCAGGUGGAGCCUGGAUUGUUUUUCUGUGAUAUCUGUGUGUGUUCCUGGCGUGAUUCGAACGUGUCAUAGCUUGAAACUUCAUCCCAGUUGACAUCUGUUCCUGGAAAGGACCUUCAGGACUUUCUGAAGCCGGGGCCUUCAUAGGCCCAGAGACCAGGCCAGCUUCUGGGUCUCCGCAUCCGCCUCUCCCUGGCUGUCUCUGAAAGUCUCAGUGGCCUUGGAGGGAGAGGAGGAGGGAGGGUAUGGAAAGAAGCUGAGCCUGAUUAAGUUUUUAAUGGCUGCAGGUAAAAUGAAGGGGCAGAAGGUGUGUCUCCCCCGACAGAGUUCGGGAUAAGAGGCCGGGUGCUGGGUGCCCGCUUUGUUAGGCAGCCCUUGAGGCAGGGGCUAGAUCCCUUCCAGCCGGACCUCCUCUCCUGGGAGCCAUCUCAUUUCUGGAGAGCAGACGGGACUGUCUCCUCUCAGCUGUCCUUCCCUCGGGUUGGAUGAUCCCAAUCCUUGAAGGUUUCUCUGGUGUUCCUGGUCAGGACCCCAACAGAUCCUCUUGGUGGCCUCUGAGACAAUGACUGUCUGAAGGCAGACCUGGAAUGGUCUGGUUUUAAUGAGAGGAAAACUGAGGACGAGAGACAGCAGGACCAAACUGUGGCUCCUGGGAAUGAAGCGUGGGACCUCUGAUAGAUUGGGAGCAGGGUCCCCUCAGGGAAGGGGUGACAGAAGCUUUCUAGACCCCAGCUUCUUAAUUUGUGCUCGAAACUCCAUGGGGGACCUCACAGCUGAAUGGUGGGGUCACACAACUAUGAUUUAUUGUCGGCAAAUGUUUGAUUUGUAUAGCUGUUUUAUAUACCUGUAUGCCUGGAGUCAUGUAAAAAUUUCUUGGUAAAGAAGGGUCUCAUGGACAAAGUUUAAGAAGACCUUCUCUAGACCACCCCUGAAUUGCUCUGAUUAACUCUGCUCUCACCCACACCAACCCUCCAGCCACGAAUGAGAAGAGAUGGCAAAUGGUUUGCCCCUUGUACCCCAGGAGGGAAUGGAGCUGAUCCUGGUCCCUCUGCCCCAGCUCUAAAAAACAAAAAGCUAUUUGAAGUCUUGUCAAAAGUGGGCAGGAGUGAGCUGGGAGCUGGUGGAGGUGGGAGGGUGGCUACUGGCCAGCCAGAUUAUUCUGGGACUUUGAUCCCUCUGCCCUGGAUGGCCCUCGUUGCUCUAGACAAAAUGGGGGGUGGUCAGAAGUGAGUAGAAGAGCAGCUUCCCCGCAGAAGGGGCAAGAGCCUGUGCCAAGCCUAAUUGCCGAGCUAUUAAGCAGUUUUCAGGGGCUCUGGCCGCUGCCACCCUCCUUUUUAUUGUCUAUUGAAGCUUUUGACAGUUUCAGCUUUUAUUUUCUCCUGGAUCCCCAGUCUCCUGACAGUGCGUUCUGGGUUUUAUUCCUUGCAGCCAUCUCCUCUCCAAGUGAGGAAAGCUUUGCUUACCCUCGGCCCCCUGGGAUGGUCUAAUUGCCUUGUCAUUGUUCCUCUGUGCUGCUGAAGCCUCUUCUUCGUACUCUUCUGGUGGUUUCCCUUUUGUCCAGUCUUUGAUAAUGCAACAGAUAUUUUUUAAAAUAAUGCUACAUCCUAGGGGAGCCUUGCCCUCCACCCACGUUCCAUCAAGCAAAGGAGGGGCACUCCUUGGGAGGAAGAACUCGACCCGCCAAACUCGGGGCCAGGAAGAGCUUUCCCGUCAUCGUUCGCUGAUUCACUAGGAAACGUCCCCCAAAGCAUUGGUACCUCGACUUCAUCUGGACCUAGUUAAAAGUAGUUAGAGAAGCUGAGGAAAUGGUGGGUUUUGUGGGUCAGUUACUGCCAGGCCUUCCAACUGACUCACCUGACCCUUAUGCGGGAUUGGGCCAGUGCUGACCUUCCUCCAGUCCCUUAAGGGGGCUGGCCAGUUGGGCAGCUAACAACUGGGGGUGGGGUGCAGACCCACCCGGCCUCCCGCAGCACUGACUUCCCCAACCUUGGCCUCCUUUAGCACCGCACGCCAAGCACCUGGACUCCCCCUGGGGUCUGGGGAGCACAGAACGACUGUUCUUACCUUGGGUCUAAGAAUGGAGUCAGUCCCAAGCCUUUGGAUCUUGUGGCCUAGAAAACCGAUCCCAGGAGCAGUUCAGGCUAGGGAGGGGAGUCCAACCCAAAGCCGACUGAGAAUCCCUGGUACAGAGCCGCUAGAAAGGAGGCAGCGAAUUGUCGAAUUUUCCCUUAAAUCAAGCUGCUCCUGCCCCCUCUGCCCUAGACCUAGUUCCCCCCUGGCGUGGAGCAGUUCCCUGAAAGUUGCAAUCUCCUUGAUAACCCAAGGACUGGGACAGCUGCAAACGGCCUUCUCUCCUUCAGGGGCCUUGCUCAUGCGCUCAUGCUAAAGGCCUCAACCCCUCUCCCCCUGCCCUCAUUACAGCACAUCCAGCUCCAGGUCCCCUUUGGGGGAGCCAGGAACUCUCUUCCCGGAUCCCAUUACUCCAACCCCCACCCCAAUUUGUGCCAAACAGGGGCAGGGUAACCUUCAUCGGACUGUUCUUCCAUUUGUAAAAUGGGCGGUGGGGUGAGCUUUGAUAACCUGGCUUCCGGAGCAUCUCUCUGCUUCUGGUAUUCCCGUUGUGUUUCUUCUUGGGGUGUGUGUGGGGGGAGGGUGUUAACAGGGCUGGCAGGAAGCCUGAAUCUCAGUCUGACUGACCAAGUUCUGUGCUGCAGUUUCAGGGAAAAGCCUGGUUUCCUUUUAAACCAGGAGGUAACCUCUGUACCAGGUGGGAGCCGGUCGUGUAUCUGGGCAGGAAGGGGCUCAGUGCUCCCUCUCCCUGGGCUACUACCCAGGCAAGUCCAGGGGAAGCGGUCCUUGUUCCCCUGGUCCUAUAACCCUGCCCUGCCAGGUCUCCCACGCGUCUUGUCCAGGGUAGGUUGGGCCUAGGACAGCAGGGGAACCAGGACCAGGUGCUGCUGGUCUAGACCCUCCCUCCAACCCCCAAAUACUACUUAAAGGCUGCAUGAGGCUCAAGCUGUCUUGGAUAUUUUUAUUAAGAUAAAGGCUAUUAUUGUAUAUUUUAUCAAUACGGGUCAUAAUUGCUGUAUUUUUUACCAGUGCUGAUUUCCAUACAGCUCCCCAGCAUGUGUGUAAAAUAUCGUUGGUCUGGUAAUAAAGUUUUUAAAAUAUCUUAAA